UUCCCCCCCUUUCCGCCUACCCGCCCUCUCGAAGCCGCCGCGGUCGGUGCUGCCAUCGCCACCGUUGCUACUGUGCACAUCCUCACUGCCCGCUGUGCGCCGACCGGCAGUUCCUCCGAUAUCCCCGGCUGCUCCAUGAAGCCAUGGCAGCGGCCAAUUUCAGCAAGGUUCAGAUAGGGAUCUACGUGGAGAUCAAGCGCAGCGAUGGCCGAAUUCACCAAGCUAUGGUAACAUCCCUAAAUGAAGAUAAUGAAAGCGUAACUGUUGAAUGGAUUGAAAAUGGAGAUACUAAAGGCAAAGAGAUUGACUUGGAGAGCAUAUUUUUGCUUAACCCAGAUCUUGCACCUGAUGAAGACAUUGAACCUAGUCCAGAGACACCACCACCACCUACUCCAGCAGCCAAAGUAAACAAAAUGGUGAAGAGUCAACGAACUGUGGCACCUAUUAAGAACGACACUCCUGCCAGAGAUAACAGAGUGGUUGGUUCUGCACGCACGCGUCCUGCUCAGCUUCCUGAACAGUCUUCUUCCUCUCAACAGAAUGGUAGUGUUUCAGAUAUAUCUCCAGUUCAAGCUGCAAAAAAGGAAUUUGGACCUCCCUCACGUAGAAAAUCUAAUUGUGUAAAAGAGGUUGAAAAACUGCAAGAGAAACGUGAAAAAAGAAGGUUACAGCAGCAGGAACUUAGAGAAAAAAGAGCUCAGGAUGUUGAUGCUACAAACCCAAAUUAUGAAAUUAUGUGUAUGAUAAGAGAUUUCAGGGGAAGUUUGGAUUAUAGACCACUGACAACUGCAGAUCCUAUUGAUGAGCACAAGAUAUGUGUUUGUGUACGAAAACGACCACUCAAUAAAAAAGAAACUUCAAUGAAAGACCUUGAUGUAAUAACGAUUCCUAGUAAAGAUGUUGUGAUGGUACAUGAACCAAAACAAAAAGUGGAUUUAACAAGGUACCUAGAAAACCAAACUUUUCGUUUUGAUUAUGCCUUUGAUGACAUGGCUCCUAAUGAAAUGGUUUACAGGUUUACAGCUCGACCAUUAGUAGAGACCAUAUUUGAAAGGGGAAUGGCCACUUGUUUUGCAUAUGGACAAACAGGCAGUGGAAAAACCCAUACUAUGGGUGGUGACUUUUCAGGAAAAAACCAAGAUUGUUCUAAAGGAAUAUAUGCACUUGCAGCUAGAGAUGUCUUUUUAAUGCUAAAGAAACCAAACUAUAAGAAGUUAGAACUUCAAGUAUAUGCAACAUUUUUUGAGAUCUAUAGUGGUAAGGUUUUUGACUUGUUGAAUAGGAAGACAAAAUUAAGAGUAUUAGAAGAUGGUAAACAGCAAGUCCAGGUGGUGGGAUUACAGGAACGGGAAGUCAAAUGUGUUGAAGAUGUUCUUAAGCUUAUUGAAAUAGGCAACAGCUGCAGGACAUCUGGCCAGACAUCUGCAAAUGCUCACUCAUCUCGAAGCCAUGCAGUGUUUCAGAUUAUUCUCAGAAGGAAAGGGAAAUUGCAUGGUAAAUUUUCUCUGAUUGAUUUGGCUGGCAAUGAAAGAGGAGCAGAUACUUCCAGUGCAGACAGGCAGACUCGGCUGGAAGGUGCGGAAAUUAACAAGAGCCUUUUAGCACUCAAGGAGUGCAUUAGAGCCUUAGGUCGAAAUAAACCUCAUACACCAUUCAGAGCAAGUAAACUUACUCAGGUGCUAAGAGAUUCAUUCAUAGGAGAAAACUCCCGUACCUGUAUGAUCGCUACAAUUUCUCCAGGGAUGGCAUCAUGUGAAAACACUCUAAAUACAUUGAGAUACGCAAAUAGAGUAAAGGAAUUUGGAAUUAGUCCUUCAGACAUUCCCUUCUCACAGGGUAGUGGCAGUCGCUCUGAUCUCUCUCCUUCCUAUGAGUAUGAUGACUUUUCUCCUUCAAUCACCAGGGUGAAGGAGCUGAUGGUUGAUCCUAGUGCUUCAGAAGAAAUCUGUCCUAUUAUACACCAUGCUCCCAAUCAGAUUGAUGACUUAGAGGCACAGUGGGGUGUGGGGAGCUCUCCUCAGAGAGAUGAUCUCAAACUGCUUUGUGAACAAAAUGAAGAGGAAGUUUCUCCACAGUUGUUUACUUUCCAUGAAGCUGUGUCCCAAAUGGUGGAAAUGGAAGAGCAAGUAGUAGAAGAUCACAGGGCUAUCUUCCAGGAAUCUAUUAGAUGGCUGGAAGAUGAAAAAACUCUUCUUGAGAUGACAGAAGAAGUAGACUAUGAUGUGGAUUCUUAUGCUACCCAACUUGAAGCAAUUCUAGAGCAAAAAAUUGAUAUUCUGACCGAACUUAGAGAUAAAGUGAAAUCUUUCCGGGCAGCUCUACAAGAGGAGGAACAGGCCAGUAAACAGAUCAACUCAAAAAGACCACGUGCCCUUUGAAAUGGGUCUCUGCUGCUAAAGGAAUCUAUGAACCUGUACUGCUAUAGGACACAUUUGUUACAAAACCCAGUGGCCGUAAGAACUCGACUACUUGAAAGUGUAAAACUGUUAAAAAUGUCCUGUUUAUUAUUCAUCUGAAUUAUGUUUUCAACUUUGUGUGAAAUGCUCCUAUGAUGUCUACAAAAUGCUUCUAGACCACACAGUACAACCGUGCAGGGUUCAGAUCUGCGAAGCACUUUGUUUAAAAUUUCAUUUAUUCAAAAUGUGAAAUUUAUGUUUGGAAAUAUUUGCCAUGUUUUUAAUAAUGAAGUAGAACUGUGGCAAAUGAAAAGUCACAGUAUUUCCUUUUAACUAUGUUUAGUUUUGUUACAAAGACCAGUUGUACACUUUUAAAUAGUGUUACUGCAUGCGUACCUCACUAGUGGUUUUAUAUAACUUCUACAGACAGCUGUGCUUACCUCUUCCCAUUUUGUGCCUUGAUGAAGGCUACUUAACCCUAAACAUCCUCUCUCUGAAGCACAGACUUAACAAACAACAUUCCUUAUUUGUCAAUAUAAAUUACUUUGAGUGUGUGUAUAUUUUUUAAGUAUUUUGAGGCUUUUUUUUUGGUGGCUAAUGCAUUUCACAGCAUGUGCCAUAUCCUUCAAACAGGAACUGCAAGAGCUGUUAGAGUGAACAUACAGUUGGUCAUUCCAUCCUCCUUGUAAAAUAUCUGGAAUUUAUGUUUAUUUCAAUACCAUAAUGAAUAGUUAGAUAACAUUUUCUCUGUAAUUAAAAAAAAAAAAAAGAGGAAAAAAUGAACAAAAAAUACAUUGGUUGAUGUAUAAUAAAGGGUAAUGUUUAAGUACUGAGGAGAGUUGUAUCUUAGAAUAAUGCAGAUAGAUAUACAGUAUGUGUUAUGGUGUGAUAAUGCUAUCAGAAUAAAGGUACAAUCUGACAUCUGCGUAUGGAUAGGCUAACUGUCAAAAUUCAGGGAUCCAUGUAAAGAAAUGCAUUUCACAUAUUGUUAAAAUUUGGCUUUUGAUGCGUGACAGGCUUACAUGUACAUUAACUGCAGUUUGCAGAUAGUUUAAGUAGCUCUGAUGCUUAAAAAAAAGUAACUAAUACCUAUUUUUCCCUUUGUACAAUGACAGCAACUGAAAAGUGAGGUGAAAUUGCAUCAUUUGAGGAUUUGCACAAUAUCUCUAUCUAGUACUUAUAGAAAUCCUAUAAGUACCUGAAUUCCCUCAAAUGCAUCAUGUGUAUCAGCACUUUGUAGGUGGUGGUAUUCAAGUUAUUUUUGCAAGUCAGUACCCCAAAAAGAUUGACCUUCCAUGUACAAAUGAAUUGUCAAAUGAAGAAUUGUAGACCUCUCUAGGAGUUCUUUCCAUUUCCAGGAGUUCAUAUCAGCAGUCUUUCCCUUGGAACUGUUUAAAAAUUACUUUUGUAAUACAAACCUGUUUGUUUCUGCAAGGCCUGGAGGGAAAUAAAGGGAAGGCAAUGAAAAGAGAGUUAAUUGAGCCAGGAAUUCUUGUAGUAUUUAAUAUUUGUAUCUCCCAUAGGAAGGUAGGCUAUGGAAAGCUCUUGUCACAUUGUGGUUUAAAAAAAAAAAAUCAGCCUGUGUGUAAACAUUUAAAGUGAAACAACAAUGUAGAUUUUACAUACUGUGUUUAAUAAAUUAAGCUAUUAAAUGAAUUACAGAUGAGAAUUAACUUAUAUGAAAAUUUUUUUCUGCUUUGGGAAGGGUUUAAUUUUGUAAACAUAUCUGAGUUACACUUUUCAAAAGUCCUAUGAUUUCAGAAUGAAUAUUUACUUCUGGAACUAACUAUUCUGUACAUAUUUGUCAUAUAGGAACAAUUUCCCCAGAGGACUAUCCUGACAAGUUUUGCAACAGGUCUUAAACAUCACACAUCUUUCUGAACAUUUAAGAAUGUCUUCCAUCACAGAUAAAAGAAAAAAAAAAAACAGUGAAAUAGAAGGAAGCAGUUUUUGUUGGUAGGUGAUAGUACAGAUUAUUGUAUAAUACCAGAGUUUCUUUGAAGUUACUCUAGAGAAAUCUUAUUUUCUAAAAAACCUCUGAAGAUUGAGACAUCCUGCAUGAGAAACAGUUGCUUCCCUACUAUUCAUAGAAUCAUAGAAUCAUAGAAUAGAUUGGGUUGGAAAAGACCUCCAAGAUCAUCAAGUCCAACCCCUGAUCCAACUCUAAUUACUAUAUCAUGGCACUAAGGGCCAUGUCCAAUCUCUUUUUAAAAACCUCCAGGGACGGUGAAUCCACCACCUCUCUGGGCAGGCCGUUCCAAUGCCUGAUCACCCUCUCUGUAAAGAAUUUCUUCCUAACAUCUAACCUAAACUUCCCCUGGCAGAGCUUGAGCCCAUGUCCCCUUGUCCUAUUGUUGGUUGCCUGGGAGAAGAGACCAACCCCCACCUGACUAUAACUUCCCUUCAGGUAGUUGAAGAGAGUGAUGAGGUCACCUCUAAGCCUUCUCUUCUCUAGACUAAACAACCCCAGCUCCCUCAGCCUCUCCUCAUAGGACUUGUGCUCAAGUCCCUUCACCAGCCUGGUUGCUCUUCUCUGGACCCGCUCCAGCACCUCAAUAUCCUUCCUGAACUGAGGGGCCCAGAGCUGAACACAAUACUCAAGGUGCGGUCUCACCAACGCAGAGUACAGGGGAAGGAUCACUUCCCUGCUCCUGCUGGCCACACUGUUCUUGAUGCAGGCCAGGAUGCCAUUGGCCUUCUUGGCCACCUGGACACACUGCUGGCUCAUGUUCGGCUUCCUGUCGAUCAGCACCCCCAGGUCCCUUUCCACCUGGCUGCUCUCCAGCCACUCUGUCCCCAGCCUGUAGCGUUGCAGGGGGUUGUUGUGGCCAAAGUGCAGGACCCGGCACUUGGCCUUGUUGAACUUCAUUCCCUUGGAGUCAGCCCAUCUCUCCAGUCUAUCCAGGUCCCUCUGCAGAGCCCUCCUGCCUUCCAGUAGGUCGACACUCCCUCCCAACUUGGUGUCAUCAGCAAAUUUGCUGAUGAUGGACUCAAUCCCCUCACCUAAAUCAUCGAUAAAGAUGUUAAACAGGACUGGACCCAGCACUGAUCCCUGGGGGACACCACUGGUGACCGGCCGCCAGCUGGAUGCAGCCCCGUUCACCACCACUCUCUGGGCCUGGCCCUCCAGCCAGUUCUUAACCCAGCAGAGAGUGCCCCUGUCCAAGCCAUGGGCUGCCAGCUUUUCCAGGAGUAUAUUAUGGGAGACAGUGUCAAAGGCUUUGCUGAAGUCCAGAUAGACCACAUCCACAGCCUUCCCCUCAUCUACCAGGUGGGUCACCUGAUUGUAAAAGGAGAUCAGGUUGGUCAAACAGGAUCUGCCUCUCCUAAACCCGUGCUGGCUGGGUCUGAUCCCCUGUCCAUCCUGUAGUUGCUGUGUGAUUGCACACAGGAUGAUCUGCUCCAUGACUCUGCCAGGCACCGAGGUCAGGCUGACAGGCCUGUAGUUACCAGGGUCAGCCUUGCAGCCUUUUUUAUGGAUUGUAUUCAUCCAUGCAAGCCUAGAACCAUAAGCAGGAUGUGGUUUAUAGGGGUAUCAAAGAGGACAGGAAGGACAGAGGCAGUCAGAUUUCAGCAACUUUUUACUAAGCCUUGUAAAUGACAUGUCCUGUCAGGUAGCAGAUGCAAACUGAAAUUGUAUCAACUGGGGAAUAGAAUUUAUGGUAGAAGCAUUGAAGCCUCAAGUUUUGAGUGUAUGAAUGACUGGGAUCAUAAAAAACAUUGUUCGAAAGUGCUAAACCUGUUUAAAGAACAAUACACAUCAAAUUACAUGGCCUACACCCAGGACUGUUGAGAAAGGAAAUUGGCCAUGAGACUAUUGGCAAAUAGACUUUGCAGAGCUUCCAUGACAAAACAGAUACAGAUGUUUAUUGGUACUGGUAGAUACUUUUUCAGCAUGGUCAGAAGCUUUUCCUUGUUGCACCAACAAAGUUAGGGAGGUGGUAAAGAUUUUGUUGAAAGAAAUUAUCCCAAGGUUUGAAAUGCCAGUGGGAAUGUCAUCAGACAGAGGUUCACACUUCAUUGCUGAAAUAGUGCAAAGCCCAGCUAAAACAUUAGGGGUGAAAUCGGACUUGCAUACUCCAUGGAGAACUCAGUUGAGGGGAAAGUAGAAAGAAUGAAUCAGAGUAUAAAAAGACAAAUUAGCAAGAUUUGCCAGGAAUCAUAUUUAAAAUGACCAGAUGCCCUUCCUUUGGCCUUACUGAGGGUAUGAAUUAGACCAACAUCCAAGGAAAAGGUGAGCCCAUACAAAAUAUUGUAUGGAUGACCAUAUCAGGUUACAGAAAGCAAAGGGAAUAUCCAAAUUGGUGGGGAUCAAAGUCUAACAGAAUAUGUUAUAUCUCUAGGGAAGGUGUCGUCUUCUCUCCACAGAUAUGUUGUGAUGGCAGCACCCAUGACGCUGGAUGAUGCCCCCAUCCAUAUCAACCCAGAGACUGGGUAUACCCCAACAACUGGAUUGAAGAACCUUUCCAAGAAAGAUGGAAGGGACCAUAUCAAGUGCUGCUAACUGUCAAUACUGCUGUGAAGAUGCAUGGAGCAGAUUCAUGGAUCCAUUACAGCUGAAUCAAACCAGCUUUGAACCCAGAAGAACCUUACUGGACAGUAUAGCAAACAGCAAAUCUGCUGCAGAUAAAGCUGCAAUGGAACCAGAGACUUUAAAAUGAAAGAUGUUAAAUGGUUUAUCUUUUUGUGUUUACAGAACAAGAUUUCCAGUAUUACAACAUGGUUAUUUGUUCCUGGAUUAGUCAACCAUCCUAGCAAGGCCUUGCAAUUAAUGAUUGUAAUGGCUAGUAUGGCUUCAAGUGUCCAAGGUGUAAGUGGGCUUUAGGGAAAGGGAGCAAUGUCCUUUUCCCUAAAGACCACUGUAACAUGACACAAAUAGAACAAAUACUACCUGACUCUUGGAAGAAAAAUUCACAUCUAAAACUAAUGCAAGACGUAACACUGAUAACAAAUAGUAGUAAUUGUUGGAUUUGUUCUCAAUUUCCUACUCAUUCAGAUGAAAGUAUUCAGAUGAUAGGACUUCCAACAUCAAGUGUAUUCUCCAAUGCUCUUCCUCCAACUGGAGUGAUGCACCUUUUGGAGGGAGAAACAGCCCAACCCCCCAUAGACCAACAAAUCGUGCUGGUAGAAGUAAUAGUCACUGAGACAUCCUGUGUUCAACAAUGCCUAAAAGGACCAGGAGCAGCCCCUCACUGGAAAAUGGAGUCACCUAAUUGUAGGCAAGGAGUGUUAGUAGAAGAUUAUCUCAAGUGUCAUUCGUAUUUGGAUGUAAUAGAAAGGAGUAUUUUAAAUACACAAUAGUGGCCUAUUCCAGAUAAUAUGGGAUAUUACUGGUUUUGUGGAAACCAGGCUAGAAAAGCUAUACCCCUUGGAUGGCAAGGAAUAUGUACCAUUGGAGCUGUAGUACCAAAAGUAGAUGUCAUUGAUAAAUCAGAAUUCCCCAGAGGACAUCUGUGAUCUUUUAUAACAAGACACAAAUGAACUUUAAAUCGAUUAGUUGAGAGGUCCUCUGGAUUCCACAUGUUUGUGAGAGGACUCCUACCAUGGUUAGGAGUACCUAAAUUGGAGAAGGCUAUAGUGAACAUAUCCAGAGUUAUCAAACAACUAGAAAACUGAACAAAUUAUGCAAUCAGUGCUUUGCAGAGAGAAAUUAUCAGCCUUUCAAAAGUAGUCAAAAAAAAUGGAAUGGCUCUAGAUCUGCUUUUGGCUUCCAAAGGUGGUGUGUGCACAGUCUUUAACACCAGUUGCUGUGUAUACAUGGAUCAGACUUUAAGAAUUCAAACUGAUUUGGAAGAAAUAAGACGGAACAGCAAAAUCUUUCAUGAAAUACAAAAAGGUCAAGUGGAAGAUGUGUUUUAUUGGAUGACAUCACGGAUCCCAAAUUUAAGUGUGAUUGCAAGAAAACCAAUUGUCAUACUUAUCGCAGUUUUGAUAUUAAUUGUUGGCUUAUGGGUUUUAUUCCAAAUUUGCAAAUUAGGAUGCAACAGAAUGUGUAGACUAGGUUGAUAAAAUAAAUUAAUAUGAGACUUUAAAAAAAUUAUAUUGAAGUCUCAAAGGGGGAAUUUGUUACAGAACAAGUUAUAUUUCUUUAAAAAGGGGCCUAUGCAGCAGUGGGGGAGAAAUUGUUUAGAGGAGAUUUAAUCCAUGAAAUAGAUAACAGAUGAUGGGCAAGCUCUGGGUGAUGUCCAUGUGUUAAAAAAACAAACUAAAAGUUUAGAGCCUGACAUGCUUCAGUGCUCUUAGACCUGAGAGAAAUUUAUUGUUGAGACCUGUACACAAAGAAUGCAGAAUUUAUAAACCACAAAGACACUUACAGAAACCAGACAUGAAGAAGAAACUAACAAAGACAAUUACAAUUACUGAGACUCUCCCUAUUGGGGAAAAAGAUAAUAAAAAGACAAAAAUGAGGACUAAUUUGCAUGAAAAGUAAGAAAUCAAUAACCAAUAAAAGAUAGAAUGCUAAUUAAUGAGAACUACAUAACUUGUAACCCAAUGGACACUAAUUCCUUUGUUUGCUAAAAUGUAUAAAUAGUUAAAAAUUUGAUAACUGAUAUACAUGUUUUAUGGAACUAUCCUCAUGUACCUCGACACUGAAUAAAGUAAU